AUGAAGUACACCCCGCUCCAGCCGCGUCCGAGGAAGCGAGGCAUCACAGCCGUACUGCUCAUCAGUCUCUGCGCGUUUCUAGUCAUGUCUCUCUUUGCGACACUACUCUCCAUCGGGACUUGCAUCUUUAGCCGGGGAGGCAAAUGUUACCGCGGGUACGAAUCUCCGUACUCUUUCAAUCUCCAGGAGGCGUACAAUCCAGAUUGGAUGGCUUCCAUCCCGGACGAGGUGAAUAUCACCAGCCUCUCUAUUCCCGGUACUCAUGAUACCAUGACGUACGAUAUGGUAAGGAACAUCCGCCUGCAGUGCCAGAAUUACAACCUCAGCACCCAGUUGCAUGCCGGCAUGCGCUAUUUCGAUAUUCGGGGAAGGCUCGUGAACCACACUAUAGGCAUCUACCAUUCCUAUAGCUACACGGGCUAUACUUUUACCGACGUCCUCCUCGAGAUGUUUGCGUUCCUCGACGACCACCCCUCCGAGGUGAUUGUUAUGCGUCUCAAGGAGGAGGGCCGGCCCAUAGGCGAUACCGCCAGGCAGCAGAACAAGACCUUUGAGGAGGUCUUUAACAACUUCCGCCAUCAGGACCCGGAAACCGCUCCGGGAUUUGAAAAAUACCUUUAUGAGGUCCCUGCCGAGGCCCCCAAUCAGCCUACCUUCCAACCAUGGGAGAUGCACGCGGCAAGAUCCUCCUCCUUGAGAACUUUCCGCCAAGACUUGUGGAUCAUUCCGACUGUCGAACACCUCGAGGAUAAGUGGGCGGCGAUUAAGACUAACCUGCACCUUGCUCGCGAUACCCCAGACGACAACUCAGUCUUGUUCCUCUCCCAUCUCAGUGCUUCCUUUGGCGUCCUGCCCAUCGAGGCCGCGGCUGGCCCGCUCUCCGACAAGGACAUUCUCGGGAUGAAUGACCGCACGGGAGAGUGGCUUGACCAGGCCGGCAGCUCGGGUCGCACGGGUAUCGUCAUUGUUGAUUUCCCCGGCAAAGCCAUCGUCGAUUCCGUCAUCGAGCGGAAUGCGGGCCUGGCGAAGAAGACUGUCGAUGGUCGGUGA